AUGAUGCACGAAGACUCUCCAAAAAUGAGUGUUGCGCAGGGUCUGGCUGCCUCUACAAGCCAGGCAAAGAAUGAUAUUGUGUUGGAAGGCGCCGUGGAAUAUGAGAUGAACUCCGUGGACCCUAAGCCUACUGAAAAUAUAGCAAUGGAGAUAAAGAUAUCUUAUGUGGAUCCAACAAAUGGUGCGUACGAUGUAGUUCUACUAAUUACAUACUAU